CACCAUCGGCUAGGUGGGUUCAUUCGGCAACCCCCGUAAGCACGUUCGUGCGGAAUGAGCUUCAGUGUUUGGCUCGGUUUGACAAGUUUCCCCGGACGAUCAUGGGGGUAGGAGUGAGUAGUUAGUUGACAUAUCAAUAAUAGAAAAAAGAAGUUGCGGCUCACAGUGCGAGUGUUUCAGCUACACCUGGGAUCUGACGCUUUGGCAAAUGUAGGGGACGUGAGGAGUUCACGUUUUUUUUCCUCUCUCAAGUCUACAUUGGAAAGCCAGACACAAGAGUAAAGAUGAACAGCCUGUCUUUUGACGAUCCUUCGUUGGAUAACCUGGAUCCAACACUGACCCUUCACGACCCGAGCGACAUCGACACGGCCCUUUUGAGCGACAUCGAUGACAUGCUACAGCUCAUCAGCAACCAGGAAAUGGAGUUUGGAGGACUGUUUGAUAACCCUCCAUAUACGGGGCCCCCUCCCACCCAAGAGCUUCCUUGUUUGACCCAGUCCAUCACCCCGGCUGCCCCUCCAACCACCACCACCACACCCCCAUCUACAUCUUCCUCGUCCAUCCUGAGCAGCAGCCCCCAUCUGGAUGCACUCCUGGGCCCUCCAAUCACCCGUAGCUCCUCCACCCCAGACAAGACCUUCCAGCCUGCCACCUUCCAGCAGUCCCCCUUGGCCCAGGUGCCCAUCACCACCCAAAGGCAGCAGCCAGCCUCCCCGCAGCAGGCACAGAGCCUCAGUCAGCCUAAGGUGGAGCAGCCCCAAUCGAUUCUCAGCCCAGGUGGCCCGGCCCAGGCUGCUUCACCACAUGGAUCACCGGGACCAAACCCAACUUUCAGCUCGACGCCCCAGGCCCUCUUCACCACGCCUGCACCUCAGAGUCCGCCUCAGCAGCAGACACAGCCUCAGGCACCGGCACAGCCCCAACAGGCCCGGGUCAACUUCAGCAGCCCGAACACCUACACAGCGGUCAGUCCCGUCAGUGUGAGCCAACCCGCCACCAGCUUGUCGUCGUCACCUCCGAGUGUCCAGCCGGUGACCAUUCAGGCUCAGCUCCAAGGGCUGACCACCACGUCUCCCCUCCUGGCCACAACAGCAGGCCAGCCAGCCCAAACCAUCACAUCCCACGUACAGCAAGUACCUGUGCUGCUGCAGCCCCAGUUCAUCAAGGCUGAAUCUCUGCUGUUGACCACUCUCAAGCACGACCCCUGCAUGGUCACCACCGUGGCCUCCUCCACAUCUCUGCCCACCACCACCCCGGUGCAGAGCACUUCACUUCAGGCUUUUAUGGGCGGCGGCACCAUCCUGACCACGGUGCCUGUCAUGGUGGACACUGACAAGCUGCCAAUCAACCGCAUCGCCAUCAGCGGCAAGCCGGCCGGCCAGCCACACAAGGGAGAGAAGCGCACAGCCCACAACGCCAUCGAGAAGCGCUACCGCUCCUCAAUCAAUGACAAAAUCAUUGAGCUCAAAGAUCUGGUGGCUGGCACUGAGGCCAAGCUCAACAAGUCCGCAGUGUUGAGGAAAGCCAUCGACUACAUCCGCUACAUGCAGCAGACCAACCAGAAACUCAAGCAGGAGAACUUGGCCCUAAAAAUGGCAGCCCAGAAAAACAAGUCUCUCAAGGACCUGGUUGCCAUGGAGGUGGAUGGACCGGCUGAUGUGAAGAAUGAGCUGCCCACCCCGCCAGCCUCUGACGUGGGCUCCCCCACCUCUUUCUCACAUUGUGGGAGCGACUCAGAACCUGACAGUCCGAUGGGAGAGGACACCAAGCCGAGUGUGGUCAUGUUGGACAAACAAGAAGCAGGAGGCAGCGCUGGCGGCAUGUUGGACCGUUCCCGCAUGGCGCUGUGUGCCUUCACCUUCCUCUUCCUCUCCCUCAACCCUCUGGCAGCGCUGCUCUGCUCAUCUGGCAGCAGCUCAGCUGGAGGUGCUGCAGCCACUGCCACCCACCAUGCAGGGAGGAGCGUCCUGGGUGUGGAUAUCACAGCGGACUCGUGGGGCUGGAUGGACUGGAUGCUCCCAACUAUACUGGUGUGGCUUCUGAACGGCGUUCUGGUGUCAGGGGUUCUGAUCCGGCUGUUGGUGUACGGAGAGCCUGUAACCCGACCACACUCUGGAUCCUCUGUGUUGUUCUGGAGGCACCGCAAGCAAGCCGACCUGGACCUUGCGAGAGGAGAUUUUGCCCAGGCCAGUCAGAACCUGUGGACCUGUCUGAAAGCUCUCGGCCGUCCUUUACCCACCUCCCAGCUGGACCUGGCCUGUGCCGCCCUCUGGUCCCUCCUACGAUUCUGCCUCCAGCGUCUCUGGGUGGGCCGCUGGCUGGCAGCUCGGGCCGGAGGGCUGCGCUCAGACCGCCCCCUGCAGGAGGACGCCUGCAAGAGCAGCCGUGACGCCGCCCUGGUUUACCACCGCCUGCACCAGCUGCACAUGACAGGUAAGCUGAAUGGUAGCCACUUGUCAGCAGUGCACAUGGCUCUGAGCGCGGUGAACCUGGCAGAAUGUGCUGGCUCCUGCCUGCCCGUAGCCUCUCUGGCUGAGGUCUACGUCUCUGCAGCUCUACGGGUCAAAGCAAGCCUGCCAAGGAUCCUGCAUUUUACCUCUCGCGUGUUUCUGAGCAGUGCCCGCCAGGCGUGCCUGUCAUCCAGUGGCAGUGUGCCUCCAGCUAUGCAGUGGCUCUGUCACCCACUGGGUCACCGCUUCUUUGUGGACGGGGACUGGGCCAUCCGCAGCACUCCCAAAGAAAGCAUCUACAGCCAGGCUGGCAACACCGUGGAUCCUCUGGCCCAGGUGACUCAGGCAUUCAGGGAGCACCUCCUGGAGAAGGCUCUGUACUGUGUGGCCCAACCCAGUGGAGAGACGAGACCCAGCCAGGGCGAAGGGGAGUAUGCUGAUGCCCUGGAGUACCUCCAGCUGUUGAUGAGUGCUUCGGAUGCAGCUGGUGCCACCUCCCAGUCAUUUGCUAUUGGUUCUAACAUGGCUACUGUCACUGGCUGCGACCCCCACUCCAAGUGGUGGUCCUCAGUUGCCGUGGUGAUCAUCAACUGGCUCCAAGGAGAUGACGGCGCAGCAGAGAGACUUUACCCCACUGUCGAACACUUGCCCCGCAGCCUGCAGAACGCAGAGAGUCUUCUGCCUAAGGCAUGUCUGAACACAUUCAGGGCGGUGCGGGCUCUGCUGUCCAAGCCAGAAAACUGCCAGCUGAGUCUGAGCUACAGCGACAAGGCCAGCGCCCUGCUCCGAGACAGCCUCAACCUGGGACCACACUGCCACAGCUCCGGUUUAGACAAGGUUGUCCAGUUGCUCUUGUGUGAUCUGUUGCUGGUGAUGAGGACCAACGUAUGGCGUCUGCAGCAGCAGGGGGCUGGUCCCACAGGGUCGGUGUCGGCAGGUACAAGCGGCCCCGCGGGGCUCCACCAGGCCUCCCCGCCCGAGCUCCAAGGCUUCCAGCAAGACCUCAGCUCCCUUCGAAAGUUGGCACACAGCUUCAGACCUGCGAUGCGGAGAUUGUUCCUUCACGAAGCUACGGCCAGGUUGAUGGCGGGAGCCAGUCCCACCCGCACGCAUCAGCUCCUGGACCGCUCGCUGCGACGCAGAGCAACACCUGGAGCCAAGACAGAGGAGUGCGAGACGAGGCCAGGCCAGCGGGAGCAGGCGGAGGCCGUGAUGCUGGCGUGCCGCUACCUCCCCCCCUCCUUCCUGUCGGCUCCCGGCCAGAGGGUGGGCAUGCUGGCGGACGCGGCCCGCACCCUGGAGAAGCUGGGAGACAAGAGGACCCUCCACGACUGCCAGCAAAUGAUCAUCAAGCUGGGCAGCGGCACCACCGUCACCAACAGCUAGAGAGGACUGGAGGGGAGGGGCUGAGAGACUCGCACAGACACUGUAUAUAGAAACAUUUCUGACAUACAACAACAACACAUCCACACACAGAAAAGAAACACACAACCAAACAACUUGUACAUUUUAUCGUGCAGCUCUUGAAACAGAUUUCUACACUAAGAUUCAUAUCAAACUGUCAGGAUUUUUCAUCAUGGAUUGUCCCCUCCCGCUGCCCCCAACCCCACAUCAGGAGACACUUGUAGAGUCCACGCUCUUGUUGCUGUGGAUUAUUACCAGAAUACUAGAAGCAUUUUUUUCGUCUCUCGUCGAGCUGAAUCUCCCUUGUGAGAACCCAUUGCAGUGCCACAGUUUGUCCACAGAGAGGCGCCAUCACGGUUCAGUGUGAAUCAUGUGAGAGUGUGUGUGUGUGAGAAGCAUGACAGAUAUUUGCCCUGCAUUCAUUCAAUACAGUCCCACCCCUCAGUUGUUUUUACGACACCUUCUUCGGGGCAGGAGCGCUCAGCGGGGUUGGUGGGCUCUGAUUGGCCCCGCAGAGCGUGGCGUUUCUCGAGAGCGACCGGGGCUCGUUCGCCGGGAACGGUUAAAGUUGAUUUGAAUUAUGUUUCACUGGCGAUGAUUGGAGGCGAGCUGCUGCACAAGCUCUGCGUUUCUAUCUGCACUAGCCCUGCGUGGCUGAUUUCAAUGAGAUGAGUAAAAAAAAUAUGGCUUUAUGAGGUUAUUUUCAUAGAGGUCGUUCUUUUUGUUUUGCUGUGUACAUAUUUUAAAAUGUAUUUAUAAUCUGUAUGAACUUUGAUUAAGCAGUAUUUUGCAUCAGCAGAGUGAUAAAUGCUUAUUUUCUUCCCUUAAAGCUGUCCUUUGGUAUCUUUCGACCAGGCCCAAAUAAUGAAGUUACUGAAGAGGUGACCUGUUGCACUAGUACAAAACUGUGGGAUCUGAAGAAACUGGCGCCACCCAAUUCUGGCACCACCAACCGACAACCAAAAAACAUGAACCUCUGGCACUUUUGCAACAAGUUACAUAACAUGCAGACAGUUUCAACAUAAUUGACCAUUAUUUUUCCAAAGAGCGUCAGUAGUUGGAUCACCUUCAGAGCAGUGCUCGCUCUUUCUGAGUCAUUAUAGUUUUCGUGCUCCUAGAGAACCACCGCUUGUUGAUUUUUAGAGGACUGCAAAAUGUUUUUUUUUUGUCCCAUGACCAGUAUGUUUUUUAUAGUGUGUCACUAAUGUGAAAGACUGAAAGACGUUGGGGGAAUGAGAAUGAAUGAGACGCAGCCCAAGUCUAAAAGGUAUUCUUCAUAUGUCGUUGAACUGACAUCUUUUCAUCUCUUCCUUGUUCUUCGGUUUCAACCUUUUCUGUUAUGUAAAUAUUAAAGCAUUUUCUAAAGAAGACUGUGACAUGUUUCCUGUGGUGCUUAAUGGGGUAAUGGAGUUUGAUACCACACGACCGCACCAAUAGAAGUAGUUAAAAGUCUCCCUCUGCUAAAAUUAUGCAAGUGGGUCAUGUGCUGACUUUUAAAAAUGGGACAAAACGUUUGUGAAAUGCACUGAAGAUGUCUAUUGUGGGAGAAAUGCUGAAAUAAAUGAUGCUAACUCUUA